GUUUGGCUUUUGUGCGGUUUGAAAGUACAGUCAGUAAGUUUUCAGGUGAUCGAUAAGUCCCCGUCUUGGGGGAGUGAGCCGCGUCUGAAAUACGUGAGUGAAGGUGCUGACGACCUACCCAGGAGUAAGACUCAUUGGGAAGAGUCGGCGGCUUAUGAAGCGCACCGACGAUGUAGUUACCUGGAAGUUCUGAAGCCGAGUCAAAGUGCUAUUCGAUUGCUAUAAUACGCAUAUGACCAAUCAGGACGGCCGGGGAAUAGUCUCACUAAAAUCUAGAAAACGGAGUAUGUCUUGCAUGGAUCGUACUCCGGAACUUCCGAAGGCUCGUCGGACGACAGCAUCUCUCUCAUGGGAUCGAAAGCGACCAGCUCUCUUCCCCGCGGUCCGACCCACCGACUCGACAGAGAAUGCCACUCCGGGAUCCGCGACAAUCCAGAGUGGUCAUUCGAAACCCCUACAGCCACACCGCUUCAGAAAGAGACUUCCUCCAGAACAGCUCUCGGAAAUCGGAGAGCUUCUUAAAACGAUCGAGUUGGACGAAACUCAAAAAGAAAAUGAACCCGAAUCGGUCGAAGCCAUUUCUCGCAAACAGAUGCCCCCGCCACUCCUCACCUCGGUCUCAACGAAAGCGACUCGAGUCCCCCAAGUCGAGGUCACCAAACCCCUCAAAUUGUUCCUCCCUAUGUCAAAGGUCAUGCAAGUAAACGGGAAGGAUUACAUGAUAAUCGGAGAUCUGGGGACAGGCGGCUCGUGCAAGGUAUUUUCGGCUCUAUUCGAUGGUCAAAUAGUAGCCAUCAAAGACGUCACCCUCCCUGAAGAGGCCGUCGUGAAAGAGAACUAUCUUCGCGAGAUACAAGUCUUGAAAAAAUUAGAGGACUGCAGUCAAGUUGUUCAUCUGAUGGACUUUGAAGUGCGCGACGCCGAGAAUAAGCUCUACAUGGUGAUGGAGAAAGGCGACUCAGAUCUCGAGACUGUUCUGCAGCAGGCUGUGAAGGAUUGGAUUACGGUUCGCUUCUUCUUCCGAGACAUGCUGAUUGCGGUCGCUCGCAUCCACAGGCUAGGGAUCAUCCACCAAGAUCUUAAGCCCUCCAACUUUAUUGUGGUCCGUGGCCGUCUGAAGCUCAUCGACUUCGGAAUUUCGGACGAUAUCGGUGACGCAACAUCGGUUUUCCGCGAAUCUGCGAUCGGAACGAUGAACUACAUGUCCCCGGAGAUUAUCCAGCAAUCGAGAGAGACGUCGAUCAAGACGAGUAGAGCGUCCGACAUAUGGAGCCUCGGCUGCAUCCUAUAUUCGAUGGCCUUCGGGCGUCCACCGUUCGCUCAUAUAAAACAUCCCGCGAGCAAAGCACUGGCGAUCGUGGAUCCCAAACAUGAGAUCUUCUAUCCUCCGGACGCCGACCCGGACUUGAUAGAUGUUCUUAGAAAAUGUUUAAUAAGAUUCCCACGCCAGCGCGCCUCCGCCGAGGACCUGCUGCAGCAUGACUUUCUGCUCGGACCACCGUGCGUGCGGAAUUUCAGCGGUCAGUGAUUGUAUAGCAUUUGUAGAAGUGACCUUUUCCUCAUGUACAUAAUAGUUUAAGCUGUGACGAGGUACCCGAUGUUGACGCUUUUAUUCUCGAGCCGCGAAUAGAAUGUUCCGAAGACUCUAAGCACUGCGGGAGGUGUACUGGUGAAAGCUAAAUCGCGAUUAUCGUGUCACACCUCAGCCUGGCAAUAAAUCUCGGUCUGGAAGA